UCGUUGUAGUCUAUAAAUAGCCUGAAGUGACUUUAAGACGCCAUUUUGACAACAAAUUCUCGUAAACAGAAGACACGAAAAUGACGAUUUAUAAAGUUAACAAUCAAGAGAAGAAUGAGAAGAAGGAUAUUUUGGAACAGAAGCUCCUUGCAGCUGUAGUGACUGACGCAGAGGUCCCAGCAGAAGUGGAUGUGGUCCCACCACCCAGGCGCCACUCCAAGGCCUGGCUUAACCUCUUCCUGAUUCUGGUGGCUAUUCUGGUCCUGGCGGCGGGGAUUACCGGUGGUGUCCUGCUCUACAGAAGACUCUCUCACAAGACUUAUAAAAAUGUCAAAGGGACUUAUAAAAAUGUCAAAGGGAUCACUCGAGGAAGGUGUGGAUUCAGAGCUAACCUGCAGUAUGACUACCAGAACAAUGACAUCAAGACAGAGGAACCCGUGGAGGAGCCGCACUUCCUCCCUAACCUACAGUCUAACCAGCUGUGGAGUGAGGAUAAGACACUGAAGCCCCACCGCAGGCCCAACAAGCACCACAGACACCACAAGCACCACAUGGUGCCCUAUGACCUUUCUGAGGACGUCCAGGUCAUUGAUGACCAGAUCGAGAGAAUCCACAUGCCAAGUUUCAGGGACUUCCGCGAUACCAUGAUUCUUCAUGAUUUCCAGAAGAACUACACAGCCAUUGUGGACUAUGAUAAGAGGUCUUGCUACAUAAUGAAACUGGACAGAAGUAAAGUGACUCCUCCAAAAGACUGGAUCGAUCUCAUCCAAAAAUUUGCAACUGGUUACUACAUGCCCCGGGCUGAGGUGCUCCGAAAACAGUACCGUGUGACCUUGCCAGCUCUCAAGGACAUUUCAUUCCUGGGCCGUUACAUUGAGAAGGAGUGUUCUUACUUCCAGACCUACACAAUGGAGAGAAUGGUGGGAGAUCAUUUCAUCGCCAAGCGUGCUGCAGAAGGAAAGAAAGCAAUGUACAGCUACUUUGAGCCCAAUGGCAACAACUUCAUUGAGAUUGAGCUGAGUAAUAGUAAUUAAAGGACUGUUCUAACGAGUGUAGGAGCGAACUGUGUUAGUGACUUCUUAAGUGGAAAA